AUGAGCUGCCUAGCCUUCCGCACGACCUCCCUACUUGUCCUCUUCCUGCUGCUCGCCGGGAGUGCCUUGGAGACCCAGGCAAGAGAAUUGCGCUGCCACUGUGUGAAGGUCUUUUCCCAUGGAAUUUCAACCGGGUCCAUUGCUUCUGUGGAUUUCAUACCUGAGGGACCGCAUUGCAUUAGGCCUGAAGUCAUACUCACCAGGAAAGAUGGGAAACAAUUCUGCCUGAAUACGACAAUGCCAUGGGUUCAGAGGGUUAUCCAAAGAUUUACAAAGCGAAUUAGUAACCUGUGACCCAAACACUAUUGUUUGGCUAUGUAGCUGC